AUGGACUACCAGCUACGCAGACAAAUCACCCUCCUCCGCAACAACUGCGAUAAGCUAAUUGACCGGUGCCAUAGCCUGGAGCUACGCCGUAAGCAGAUAAAGGAGGUCAAGGAGCUCUACAUAGGAAAUCAUCACACGAAAGAGCUAUGUGUUCUUCUAGCUCGAGAGGAGUUUCGACUUCUCGAGGAAACCACUCACAUGAUUGGCGAGAUUCAAGAGAGCAUGGAGAGGCUGGAUAUCCUCUGGUCUGAAUCAAUGCUCACAUGGUCUGGAACUGCCGAGGAUGAGGGGAGGCUAGAAGUUGAAAAGCAGGCUUUUGGCGGGAAGAUAUGGAGUGAGUAUAGGGACUUUGUCAAUGAGCUCUACUCCGCAGCCACCUCUGGUUAUGACUGGUUGGACUUUGAGGAGUGA